CACUACGGAAUUUGCCCAUACCUGUGUAGGGACCCCCUAUUAUCUGUCACCCGAGAUCUGUGAAAAUCGACCGUAUAACAAUAAAACAGAUAUUUGGUCUCUUGGCUGUGUGCUUUAUGAGCUAUGUGCACUAAAGCAUCCUUUUGAAGGCAAUAGUUUGCACCAGCUGGUGCUGAAGAUCUGUAGAGGACAUUUUCAUCCAGUGUCUCCCAACUAUUCAUAUGACCUGAGGAUAUUGAUUUCUCAGUUGUUUAAAAUAUCUCCAAGAGAUCGACCAUCUAUCAACUCUAUUCUAAGGAAGCCCUUCUUGCAGAAGCUCAUUCUCAGGUAUUUGCCCCCUGAGGAAGAGCUUAGUCACACUGUGAUACAUAGCACAAGGCCUUCAGCAUCACAGCCUGCAGCCAAACUGAUACAAGCACAUAAACUUCAAAAAAGGAGAGUCCAGGACCAGUUUUCUCCAGAAUCUGGAAUGGUGGUACCUGUCAAGAAACAGGAAUUAUUUCCAAGAAAUGAUUGGAAACCACCUUCAAGAAGGCAACAGCCUAUUUUUCAGCCACAGAGCUCCAGAUUUAAGGUGGCAGAAAGGCCAGAAAGUAUUAGAGUACAUGGCCAUUAUGGUCAUUACUAUGAUAAGCUUGACAACUUGCAGAGGAAAGCUAAUGCACAUUAUGACCUUUCUCAUAUCAGCCAAAGAGUUGAGGAAUACUAUAAAUCAAAAGGACAAGUUGCACCUCCACCCCCACCACCCGACUGGCCUGCAGAAUAUCUUCAAAGGCGUUUUGAAGCCCAACAGUACAAGAUUAAAGUGGAAAAACAGCUGGGACUGCGACCAUCCUCUGCUGACCUAUAUCAUGACCAGAUACAGAAGCAGAAAAUAAAGGAAGAGCAUCUCAAAAACCAUCAGCAGUACGUGUCUAGAAAGAAUGAAAUGAAAGAACAGGAGUACUUGAAACAAUUGCAGAAAAUUCGGGAAGAAUACCACAGUGAUAUAAAAGAAUUCAGAUUCAGAGUGGGAGUACUCCAGGAGAAUAAAAAAUUACAAGAUAAAACCUAUCUUGUGAGGCAAGGGAAAGCUGAGGAUCAGUCUGAAACCAAGGAUACAGCUGGAACAGGAGAAGAAUCGCUUCAGGACAUGGAAGAAAACUUUAAACAAGUCAGACUCCAGGACAAGCAAGAUCAAAAAAUCUUAGAAAAGAAACAUAACACAAAGGGAGGAGUAAAGUUUGAAAUUAAUUUAGAUGUAUGUGUUCCUGAGGAAGUCAGCAUUCAAGAAGCAGAGGUACUAGAUAAACUCAAUGAGACUUUAACUUUUGUGGAUGGUGAGAAUCUUAAGGAGAAAUUGGUGGAAGUUUAUGAAGAUCAUAUGGACAAAGCUUUGGAAGAACUAUCUGGAUACCAAACAGAGUCCAAUGAUAUUGGUGAUACUAAAGAAAACAGAAAACACUGGCAAGCUGGAGCCCCUCAGACACUGCUGAGUUUUUUAGCUGAUGCUGAUGUCACUUCUGUAUGUCCUACCAUGGCUGAAAAUGAACUUGCUGACCAUGCUAUUCUGCCUGAAGACAUCCCAGAAAACAGGAAGCAGUGGAAACAAACACCACCAGGGACACUCCUGGACAUCUUAGCAAAAGCAGAGCUGUCUAAGGACUCCUUCAUCCGGCUUGAAGGGGAAAUAGAAAACAAGGCAGAUGAGUCAGAAACAUACUCUGCUGUUGCUGUUGAUGAAGGCAGACUUGAGCCAAGAUCAGAUGAUGACGACACAAAUUUUGAAGAUUCUGAAGAUGAACUGAGACACGAGCUGGAGGAAUCUCUGGAAAAAGUGGCAACUUCUCCAGCAGAAAGCACCAUAGAGUCUCCCACCCUUUCAAUAAAUAAAGGUCAAACAGAUGAAGAAAAGAUGAGUUUACCUCACAAACUACUUGGAAAAUCUGAUGACGAUUUAGAAAUUAGCCAUGGUUCGUUUAGUGGUGACACACAUAAUGAAAAAGGCAAGCAGGAAGCAAGAGCUACCUAG